AAACCUUUUUAUUUAGCUAUUUAUAUCCUGCUUUUCUCCCCAGACCCAAAGCAGUUUACAACAUUGUUCUCCACUCCUUCUAUGACAUAGUUUAGGCUGAGACAAAGUACCCAGUAAGUUUUCACGGUCAAACGCUUUUUCCCAGCCUGUGGCUUACCUCUGUGUCGCCUGUUUUUCUCAUACACUUUUCCCUCUCACUGAGCUCAGAUAUGAGAAGUGAGUUUGGCAGAAAAGAGCUUGAGGCGAGAGGCUGUAGGAAGGUAACAGUUGGGUGCAGGAAUGGUUCAUCUCCUUCCGCUGUCUACUUCGUCUGCAAUUCUCCCCCCUCGCCCCCACACUCUGAGUGGAAUUGCAAAGUUCCUCUCCCCCACUGAUCUCGCCCUGCUUUGUCUUCGAAAACUUUUUAUUUUAAGACCUGGCAGACCUAGAGCGAGCAGGGGAGGGGCAGACUGAAGGCUCGCACUCAUAAACUAUACUUGAAAAAAGCUUCGAACCUAAUUUUGCUUGUAUUUUCCACCUUCCUCUCCACAGCGAUCCCAAGCACCUCUUUUAAAACUACAGUUCCCAGGAAACAUUGUGUCACCCAACACUUGAAGAACACGUGCUACAUGUCUUGUGUAGAGAGACUCUGAGUUGGGAUUUCCACUUGGGUCUCUUUAGUCUUAGUCCCGCGCUCUAAGCAGGACACCGAACGGGCCUUCUGUACUGCCCUCCCCACCGCCAGGGAGAUGAGCUUUGUCCUCCUCUGCAAAUCAAGGGCCCUCCUCUGUUCCUCCAUCAAGAUCCAGCCAUGGAUCUUCCAUGCAACAAGUAGUUUUUCAUCCAGAAGCUCUGCCAGACCCUUCAGCAGCACCAUGAUCAAUGCCAGCACACCCCUGAAUCCUCCACAAUGUGUGAGCCAACACCCACUGUCAGAGCUGCUGGCCUGGUGUGACCUGCGUGGCUGCUGGCUUGGCUUGCUCCUGGGCCAUUUUUACUCUCCUUGUAAAUAUCCCUCCCUAGCAAAUAAGCCUGCAUACAUUCUUAAGGAUCGUGUAUGAUCCGUAGGCAAACAACACAAUUGCAGAAGGGAUCCCACCCAAAGCUGCACUUCGCCCACGCCCUGGGACAGAUGCUGGAUCAGGACUAGACAGGUUCAGUGCUAAAGAUAAACCACGGUGGGAGGGGGGCUCCUGGUUUGAAGGCGAAGGAAGGGCGUUUCCUGUCAAGGCAUUACGGUAGCGGGCGGGCCCUCUUCGGGUCCACCUGCCAUCACGGCGUAAAGUUUCAGCUUUUAAAAAAAGAAGAAGAAAAGAAACUGGUUUGGAGCGAACUGGCUACAGACGAGUAGGAUGAGGCAUCGUUGCAUAAUUCCUGGGGAAUGUAGAGGGAGCUCUAUCCACACGCGCACGACGCCUGGUCAGCAGCAUUCGCGUCUGUCCAUCCAGGGCACUCUAAGGAGAGCGACAUACAGGAGCGAGUGUGUGCGUGUGCUGUGCAAUCAGUCCCCUUUGCUGAUCUUCCCGGAGGGUCGCCUGCUGCUGCCCCGCCAAAGCCCCGGGCGACGGUCCAGCCAGCGACUCCGCGCGCUCGUUCGCCCGCUUCCUGCAACAACACCCCGCCCGCCCGGCCGCCACCCCAAGGGCUGGAGUUUGCCAUCCAAAUAAUGCAGCUGCCGGAAAGAGGCAGCCACUCCGGUCGUCUCCUGCGGCGGGUCACCUGGCCGAGCGGCUGCCCUGCCCUCCCUUCCACCCCCGCCUCUGCGCGGCGCUGCUCGGGCCGAGUACUUAAACGGGUCUGACAUGGAGCAGUCCGCGAGCGGCGGCCGGCGCGGCUGAAAGGGCUCGGGGCGCCUCCGCCUCCUCCUCCUCGCGGCUCCCCUCAUCCGAAAAGCAGCCUUCCCGCCCCAAAGCCAUGGACGAGAGCUGCCUGCCAGACCUGCGCGACAUCGAGCUCAAGCUGGGGCGCAAAGUCCCCGAGAGCCUCGUCCGCUCCUUGCGGGGGGAGGAGCCGGCAGCCGGCGACAAGGACCGCGAGCCAGCUGCCCGAGGACCCGCGCCCGCCGCCUUCUGCGCCUCCUUGGCCUCCAGAGCCGCCGCCAUCCUCCGCGGCAGCAGCUCCAGCUCCCUAGAACGACUGGAGACCAAACUUCACCUCCUCCGGCAAAAAAUGAUUGACCUCCGAGCCACCGAUGUCAAACUCAUGCGCCAACUGUUGGUCAUCAACGAAAGCAUCGAAUCCAUCAAGUGGAUGAUGGAAGAGAAAGGCGCCACUGCCAGCAGAGGCAGCAGCUUGAGUGGCAGCCUUUGCAGCCUGCUGGAGAGUCAAGAGACCUCUUUGAGGGGCAGCUACAACAGUUUGCAAGACGGAAGUGACGGGCUGGAUGGAAUCUCUGUGGGGAGUUAUCUGGACACUCUGGCAGAUGAUAUUCCUGGGCGUCACACGCCUUCAGACAUGGACCAGUUCAGUGACUCUUCUUUUAUAGACGACUCACAGUCCCUACAUAAACACCCCAAGAUUGAGUCUGACGAGUACUACUGCUUUGGUUAAUGGAAGAAGAAGCUUGGUGAGGGACAAAUGUGCACUUGUAUUUAUGACUCUUCCAUGCUGCUAUUUGUGUUAAGCAUUCUAAAAGCACCUUUAUAAAGGACAACUUGUUAAAAAUCUGCUUUAGUUUCUCUUUCUAUGUUGCUCCUAGAUUCUUUUUCCCCCUCCUGAAUGUUUUUUUUUCACCCUCUUAAUUUAUUGCUGUGAUUCCUUCUCUUUUUUAAUAUCACUUUUUACCAAUUUUUACAAAAAUGAAGGCGAGGGAAAUUAACUUGAUCUUGAGCACAAACUGUGGGAAUGUAAUUUUAUUGAUUUGUACAUCUGACAAUAAAAUAUUUCCUCUUA